UGGAGAAGAACGUCUUUGUUGAGACAUGUUUGGGUUUUGUACUUUCUCACUGUCUGUCUCUCUUACACACACAAGCACAUUCUCAUUCUUAAAGAGGAAGACACAUAAAGAUUAAAGCUUGGGGGCAUUCAAGGACAAGCUCUGUGCAAUGUGAAUAAUUAAGGAAUUACUGGGAGUUGUCAUGGUGCUGCAGUGGGAGGGGGUCUCUUUAAACUUCAGCAGAGGGCACGCUUGCGUCAGCAGAGCAGGAAACCAGAGCAGAAAAGACUAAACAAGGUGCCUGAUAUUUAGUAGUAGGACAGCUUUCUCCAUGUACAUCAAAUUUUUUCGCAGCUAUGUUGAGGAUAAAAAAGAGAAACCAGAUGAAGCAAAAUUGUCUGUGGAGCUGGAGGGAAAGAAAGGCAAACAGGAUGAAGGAAAAACAGGACUGUACCGUCUGUUGUGUUUUAUCCUCGCAAUAAUCUGCCUCAUUCUUCUCGUAGUUGUUGUCGUUCUCGGUGUGAAACUCCAAACUGAAUCCACACUCUGCCAAGGAAAUGACAGAUUUAAUGACCAACAAAGUCCUUCUCCAUCAUGCAGCCUGGAGAUCUGCCAGCACCGCUUCCCAAAGAUGACAUUCAAGAAGCUUCCCUGCCGGCAGUGCGCUAGCGGCUGGCUCACCUUUGGCACAUCCUGUUUUUUCCUCUCCACCACCAGACUGACCUGGUCCGAGAGUCAGAAGAACUGCAGCUCAGGAGGAGGAUCUCUGGCUAUUGUUUCCAGUCAGACUGUUCAGAAUUUCCUCACAAGGAAAGGGAAUCUGAAGUACUGGAUUGGACUGAGACAUGAAGACUCUACAUGGAACUGGGUCAACAACAAUGAACUCCAGCAGAGCUAUUGGACUGAAGCUGUACACAAUGGAGACUGUGCCUAUCUGAACAGUGACGGCCCAGUUGAGAAGAACUGGGACAGAGCUUCCUGUCAAUCCACCACCUACUUCAUCUGUCAGCUGCAGUUCUGAUGGAAACUGUCUCAUCAACAAUCGUCUCCAUAGCAACACAACCAACAGCUUGUUCUCACACCACUCUCUAAUCAUAUCCAAGCUUCUUAGAUGACGUAAAUAUUAAAUUUGUGGUCUGAAUUCAAUGUAUGCCAUUGAGUUAUUCUUACUGCUGUAAUAUGAUUUGUGCCUUAGUAGUUUAGCUUUCAUCAACUUUAGUCAGGAACCUGUGAUGUUUAUGAUGAUACAUUUCAUGUUGACUCAAAUAAAGACCAGUAAAUUUGUUUUAA